AUGGAUCUACGGGUCGGUAGAAAGUUCCGCAUAGGCAGAAAGAUCGGAAGUGGGUCCUUCGGUGACAUAUAUCACGGUACAAACCUUAUCAGCGGCGAAGAAGUGGCGAUCAAGCUCGAAUCGAUCCGCUCGCGGCAUCCGCAACUCGAUUACGAAUCGCGUGUUUACAAGUACCUGAGUGGCGGGAUCGGCAUACCUUUCAUCCGUUGGUUCGGCCGCGAGGGCGAAUAUAAUGCGAUGGUGAUCGAUCUGCUUGGACCCUCGCUCGAGGACCUUUUCAACUACUGCCAUCGCAAAUUCACUUUCAAAACCGUCAUCAUGCUAGCGCUCCAAAUGAUUUGCAGAAUCCAGUACAUCCACGGUCGCUCCUUCAUCCACAGGGACAUCAAACCCGACAACUUUUUGAUGGGCGUUGGUAGACGUGGCUCCACGGUGCACGUGAUCGAUUUCGGUCUUUCCAAAAAGUAUCGCGACUUCUCAACGCACCAUCACAUCCCGUAUCGUGAAAACAAAAACCUAACCGGUACCGCGCGGUAUGCCUCCGUCAACACGCAUCUGGGUAUUGAACAAAGUCGCAGAGACGAUCUCGAGAGUUUGGGAUACGUGCUUAUCUAUUUCUGCAAAGGUUCUUUGCCCUGGCAAGGUUUAAAAGCCACUACCAAGAGACAGAAAUACGAUCGGAUUAUGGAGAAGAAGCUUUGCAUCAGUGUCGAGCAGCUCUGCGCUGGCCUGCCCAUGGAAUUUGUGGAGUACAUGCGCUAUUGUCGUAACUUGCGUUUUGACGAAAGACCCGAUUAUCUCUAUUUGGCACGUUUAUUCAAAGACUUGGGCAUCAAACUCGAGUACCACAACGAUCAUCUUUUUGACUGGACCAUGCUGCGGUACACCAAGGCCAUGAUCGAAAAACAGCGUGCCGCGGGCGAAUUGCCACAGCUCGACGACGCUUCGGGUACGGGCAAAGACGAAGAAUCGAAGACUGACGCGUUUAAUCGCGUCAAGGCUCUUGCCAUGAAGAAAUUCUCUACCCAUUUCCACUAUUGCAGAAGUGAGGACAAGCACCAUCCGUCGCCGGACGAGAUCAAACAACAAACGCUGCAGAACAGCAACGCCAGUGCGUCUAUCCCCCAAGAGCUUCUGCGACUAAUCGACAAGGACAUGGACAAUUUGAAACAAAACGCAGCCCAGUCGUCAGACCCAAAUGCCAAUCCGCUAGCAACAGCUUCACAGCCACAACAGCCACAACAGCAACAACAGCAACAACAGACGCAGCAGCAGCAGCAACAACAACAAACGCCCCAACUUCGUCAACCCCCUGUCGAGCCUCUUCUUCAACAACAACAGCAACAACAGCAGGGACAGCAAGAAAGACAGCUAGAGUCCUUGAACAAUAACAUCAUCUCAAACAACAUCAAUGCCUCUUUCUUUUCUCCUCAAAACCAACAUCUUCGCCAACAACAACAGCCGCAACCACCGCAAGGAAAGCAAGGUCCAAGUCAAGAACAACAACCUUCUCAAUAUCCACCGGAAACCAACCAGCGCACCGCCGGUGGUGACAUAUGGCUAUAG